AUGGACACCCAUCCGGAAAUGGACAUCAACCCUACGUCUCAGUCACGGCCACCUUCAAUCCAGUCCGAAUCACAAAUCACAAAGCCAAGCAACUCACAUCAAAAAGAGCCGAAAUCAUCUUACCCAUGCGACGAUGCUGCCAAGGUAGAAACGGGUUCCAUAAUGACUGACAACCUUGGCGACCAAGAGGUCCUGAGCAAUCAAGACACGAUCAAUUAUCGAACAUGUAGCUGGCAAAAGACCGCCGCCUUGCUAUUUUCGGAAUACAUCUGCAUAGCCAUCAUGUCGUUUCCGUGGUCAUACUCGGUUCUCGGUCUCAUCCCGGGUCUACUGUUAACAUUGGCUAUUGCGAUGAUAGUGCUCUAUACAUCGUUGACAAUAUGGAGAUUUUGCCUGCGACACCCCGAAGUUCGGGAUGUUUGCGAUAUAAGUAAAAUAUUGUUCUUCGAUUCAGAUAUCGUGUGGUACAUCGCGGCCGCCAUGUUCUUGCUGAACAAUACUUUUAUUCAGGCACUCCAUUGUCUAGUCGGGGCUGAGUAUCUAAACACAAUCUCAGGACACCCUUUCUGCACAGUUGCCCUGGCCCUCCUCACAGCAAUUGUGUCAUUCUUCUGCUCUCUACCACGAACAUUUGGCACACUAUCGAAAAUAGGAACAUUCUCAGCCAUCGCGACAUUUAUCUCCAUCCUACUGGCCGUAAUAUUCGCAGGAAUCCAAGACCACCCCUUCGGAUGGACCGAGGCCAAAGGAGACCCCGUUAUACGCAAUUUCCCGGCGCCCGGUACGACAUUCGUUCAAGGAAUGAGCGCAUUUCUAAACAUCAGCUUCACAUUCAUAGGCCAGAUUACUAUCCCCAGCUUCAUAGCCGAGAUGAAAGAGCCAGAAGAUUUCUGGAAAUCCGUCGCAGCAGUCACAGUCGCCGAAAUUAUCUUAUUCACAAUCGUCGGUGCUCUCAUUUACGUCUUCGUCGGAAAUCAAUACAUGACCUCGCCAGCCUUCGCCUCAUUGGGAAACGACAUCUACAUGAAAAUAUCCUUCUCAUUCAUGGUCCCCACGCUCAUUUUCCUGGGCGUUCUUUACGCUUCGGUUUCGGCGAGAUUUAUCUUCUUUCGCAUGUUUGAGGGCACUCGUCAUAAGGCGAAUCAUACGGUUAUUGGGUGGGUCAGUUGGGCGGCUAUUCUUUUAUUCCUUUGGAUUGUUGCGUGGAUUAUUUCAGAGGUCAUUCCGUUCUUCACGAAUUUGCUUUCGAUCAUGAGUGCGAUUUUUGGCUCCUAUUUUGGUUUUAUCCUUUGGGGUUUCGCUUGGAUUCGGAUGCGGCAGGCUGAGAAUCCUAAUCUUAUGAAAAGAAAGAGUAUUCGGGAAUGGGCUGAGUUGGUAUUUAACGUGCUUAUUAUUUGCAUUGGGCUUUUGUUUUUGGGACCGGGGACUUUUGCUUCGGUGCAAUCGGUCGUUGAUAGUUACAGAUCGGGUGGAUUCGGUCAGGCUUUCUCGUGUGCCAGCAAUGCAUUGCAUCCAGGCUGA